AUGCAUUUCUCCAAGAGUGUUAUUGCCGUCACGGCUUCUCUCAUGUCGGUUGGUCUUGCCGCCGACCCUCUAUCCUUCACUUCCUGGCCCAAGGACCCCCUCGAAGCUGGCAAACCGGUUACUCUGACAUGGACUGGCGCUGAUCCUAAUAUGCCUGUGACGAUUCUCCUUCGCCAAGGUACCUCCGGUAACUUGCAUGAUGUCAAGCCCAUCACUACCACGAGCAAGGGCGGCUCCCUCACCUGGACUCCCGACAGUGAUCUCGAGGGCGGCAAUACCUAUGCCUUCCAGAUCUCACAGAAAGACCAGACUAACUAUACCGCUCUGCUGAAGUCAGCUGGGAUGCCCGCGGCUGAUGUUCCUGAAGAAAGGGAUACCACGUCCGAGACUGGCAAUGCUGCUUCUACUGCUGCAACCACGGGUACCACCACCGGAGCCACCACCGGGACCCCCAGUGGCACUACCACUGGCGCUACGGACACGACUUCUGCCCCUAGCACCUCGGCUACUAGCGGUACUACCGAGACAACCCAGACCACAAUGACCAGCACUGCCAGCAAGGCCCUCAUUAGCUCUUCUGCCAGCGCAUCUGGCAGCCCUUCCAGCUCAGCCGUUGCCAGUUCAACCGAUAGCUUGAAAGCUACCGGCACUGAGGCUGUCAAUGGCAAACAAGCAUCCUCCACCGAAACCUCGGAAACUGGUGCUGCCUCCAUUCCGCAAUACUCCGUAAAACUGGUGAUGGGAAUUGCCGGUCUCCUCGCCUACCUCGUCUAG